UCUUAUCAUUUUCGAUGUUGAUUGCAAAACAGAAAUGCAAGAAGGCGACAUAAAUAUUAAUUUAAAGACUAGCUGAUUCGUUGAAUAGAAUUGUCGCUAACUAUUUUUAAUUUAUUUAAAACAAGAGAAUAAAGUAAAAUAACUGAGAGGAAUUUUAAUUAAUAAGUAAAAAAGAAUAAGCAUUGCAAACCUAACCAGUUUUGCGGAAAAUUUGUGUUAAAAGGUACUUUUAUCUGGUGUAUACUAAAAAAAAGGAGAAAAAAAAAUGAAUGUGUCGAGCUCUGAGAUGAGAAUUUUCAUGCUGUUUGGAGUGUUAUUUACAUUUUUAGAAGUUACUGUAACCCAAUUUUGUGAAAAGAACAAUGACGAAGCUUUCAGUUAUCGCGGUUCGACCAAUGGUCCUAAGAUGUGGAAAAUAUUUUUCACGUCAUGUGGUGGCAAGCAACAAUCUCCAAUAAGAAUUUACGAGGACGAAGUUCUUCGUGACAGAAAUCUUACUAAGCUACGUUUCAAAAACUAUAACAUUCCGAUACAACAGGCUGAGAUCGUUAAUAAUGGACAUACAGUAAUGAUUACACCUGAAGAUGAUGUCCGACGAGGGAUCUCCGUACAAGGUUCAGCUUUCGCUCUAGAGCAAUUUCACUUCCACUGGGGAUCUGUUGAGAGACCCGGAGCUGAGCAUACAAUAAACCAUAUCAGACACCCCUUGGAGGUCCACCUUGUGCAUAAAGAUAAGGAAAAUAGAACUGCUGUUGUAGGACUUCUUGUAAAAGUGCAGAAAGAAUAUAAUGCCGCAUUUAUUCCAAUAAUUCAAGUUCUAAUGGGAGUGAUGUAUAAAGAUAAAUCAACUCAGUUAAUGUCACCCCUCAAUUUGAACAACCUUUUACCUGAAAACCCGGCCUCCUUUUACCGAUAUAUCGGCUCUCUGACAACUCCCCCUUGUGACGAAGGAGUUAUAUGGUCAAUACUGAGAAAAACUACUUCUAUUGGUCGACAUCAAUUGGAUUACUUUCGGCGCUUAUAUUCAGUGAUCAAAGCAGACAAGUGCUCAAAAUGCCGUCUUUCAGAAAACUACAGACCAUCUUUUCCUUCUCGCGAAGUUUUUUCUUCUUCAUAGUUCUAUUCCUAUGUCCUUUCAAAGAUACUAGAAAGAAGUGCGAACAGCGGGAAACAUUUUCAAAAUACAUUGAAAUGUAAAUUAUUGUGAUAAUUUAAAUAAAUGACUGUAGAAAGGUAUCCUAUAUUAGAAGUUUUAAAUAAAAAAAUUCCUUCUAUGUA